AUGCAGGUACAAUUGCAUUCCCGUGGAGGCAUCACAAAGGAAGAGCUCCGAAUGAUGCAAGGCGCACUAGAACUACAACGCUUGAGGGUGAAGGAUGUGAUGACGCCCUUGGAUCAGGUGGCCAUGUACUCAGCUGAUCAACCUCUAGAUGCCAAGACACUACAGGAUAUAGUGGAGAAGGGACACUCUCGAUUGCCGAUCUAUCAGGACCAUAAACACAAUGUGCAUGGCAUGCUGCUUGUUAAACGGUUGAUUACCUUAAAUCCUGGAGAUGAAGUUCGGAUAGGAAACACAGAUUUAUUAGAGCCUAUGGUGGGUUGUCAAGCUUG